ACGGCUCGAUAAAGACAAUUGUAAACAGUUCCUCGGAAAUUAUGUUGCUGUACGGUCAGAAAGCCUCGAGCUUGUAUUUAAUUAUCUGUUGCCUAUUCUUUGGCUUCUGCCAUGUGUCGGCAGCUGUUGUCCGUUCCACCUCGGAUAACCUGAGUCCCAAUGGUCGAGUUGUGGGUGGCACAACGGCCUCUGUCAACAGCGCUCCUUAUGCGGUGUCUAUGCAGUAUCAAGGUACCCAUUACUGUGCUGCUAGCAUUUUGAAUGCCAACUGGUUGGUUACCGCUGCUCACUGUUUGACGAAUAGCGCCCAGGUCCUUGGAAGCACAUUGGUAGCGGGCAGCAAUGCAGUGCAAGGAACUGCUUCAACUACACAGAAACGUAGCAUUACUUACUUUGUCAUCAAUAAUCUGUAUACGGGCGGAACGGUGCCUUACGAUAUUGGCAUGGUUUAUACGCCUACUGCAUUCACAUGGACCGCUGCUGUCUCUCCUGUAAAUCUUCCCAAAUCCGGAGUAAUACCAACUGGUACUGCAAAUCUUUAUGGUUGGGGAAGCACCUCGACGACAAAUUCACCUUCGUACCCCAGUAAUUUGCAAGUUGCUGCAAAUAUUCCUAUCGUAAACGUCGCGCCCUGUGAAAAAGCUCUGGGUAAGGCUGUGCAUAACACUAAUAUAUGCACAGGUCCUUUGACUGGAGGCGUCAGCAUUUGUACCUCGGACUCGGGUGGACCAUUGGUGCAAGGCAACGUUUUGAUUGGCAUUGUGUCCUGGGGAAAGAUGCCAUGUGGACAGGCCAAUUCACCUUCUGUCUACGUUCAGGUGUCCUCGUUUAUAUCGUGGAUUUCAGCCAAUCAAAAGUUGUAAUUAGAUGUUUUUUUUAUAUACUAAAAAAAUAAAUACCUGCAAGUUAUAGUAUUUU